UCUCUCUCUCUCUCUCUCUCGCUCAAGGUGUCGCCUGUGGCUGUGCUGGUGGUGGAUGGCAAGAAGCAACAAAUACACCUCGCUCAACUUCAACGACAUCUACGAGAAAAAGAUCACAAACAAUUCCACUAGACCUCAGCCUUCUCAAUCAGCUUCAUCAUCUUUCUCCAAUCCCAAUAAAACCAUCCUCUCAAACUCUCGCAUCCAUGGCCACAUGCUUGUUCUGAGCCGCCCCACACCCAAACCCAUCACCCACCCAACCCCUUCUAACCCAUCAGCACCCCAACAAAACCCAGUUCCUCCGAUCCCAGAUCAACCCAGGUCUGAACCGGUCACCCGAGUCGAACCGGACUCUAUCUCUCUCCGCCCGUUAGGCCGGACCGGCACCGGACCAUCUCUUUCUUCUCCUUUACCGUCUCCGAAGCCGGAUAAGGAGAUAUCGCCUUUAUCAUCGCCGUUGCCGAAGACGGACCGGUUUGUGCCGCCGCAUCUUAGACAGGGUUUCGUUGGCCGGGAAGAGAAACCCGGGCCGGAUUUUCAGAAGCCUGGUCCUGGGAUGCGGACUAGGGAGUUGGGUGGGCAUCGUCAGGGGUAUUUCAGGUCGUCUCCAAAUGGGUACGGGGAAGAUGGGAGGCCGCAAUCAGGAGGUGGGUAUGAGAGGAUGAGAGGAGGUGAAUCUGAUCUGAUGGAGAUGAGACGGCCCGGUUCUAGUGGGUCUCGGCCCAGCUCUAGCGGAUGAU